AUGGGUUAUGUGACUAGUGGUUAUGCAACACGGCCACAUAAGCGUGCUAGAAAGGUUGUUAGAAAGGUUUACUAUGAGCAUGGUAAAAGCAGCGUGGAUGUUAACAAUGAUAACACCAGGAUAGCCGGUGAUGGACGACCUCUUCGUGCCAAAAUACGGCGUCUACAGCUCGAAGACCUGGAUCAGGAUGUACUGGAGCGGAUAUUUUUAUUUUCCGGUCGCAACAGUGCCUUGGCGAUGGUAAAUCAACGAUUUUACCAUUUGCUGAGACCCACACCGUAUUUGAUUCACAGCUACUUGCGUCAAAAUUAUAUUUGCGACAUCAACGCCGCCAUCAUGCGAGAGUGCGAACGGUCAUACCAGAGCAGAUAUGUGUUGGCAGAGGCUGCAUUGGAUAAUUCCAUGUUUUUGCAGUUUUUGGAUGAGAAUCCGCAUAUUCUGGAUGUGGUGGAUGAAGUGGCCCCUCUAGAGGACCCUGAACAAGUUCAAGAGUCACGAUCACAAGCAUUCAUCGACAAUACCUUACAAGAUCUCUCAAGUCCCUGCUGCGAAGUGGAGGUGCACUUAGUGUCCGGGAAGCCGCUGAAGGAUUUCCCUGCUUCUAUCUACAGAAGACCUGCUAUUUUCUUUCAUAACGACAUUGAGAGUGGUCCAGUGAUAUACAAUCAGCUACUGCUGCGCCUUCAUGCUUUCUACGCAAUCCAGCACUCCUCGUGGGCUACUGAGAUGGUCAUGCAAUGGUUUUUCGAGGAGAGCCCGGAUCGCUUCCACCCCCUCAACAUUAAUCACUUGUUUUGCGCCAUAAAUCUCAUUUUGCACAUUUCUGUCGAGAAUAAUCGCGGUUUUAUGGACGUCCAUCCACUGGUUCAGUUGAUCGAUCAUAUGUAUAUCUCUUUGACAUCACACCUAUCGCAGCUACUGCUAUGUGAGAGACUCGAGGAUCCGGUCCUGAUAAGUGAUCGCAAAGGAAAAAUCAUCGUUAAAUUCAUCAACAAAUUCUAUCGAAAUAAUCUAAGAGCCCUUUCAGAGGAUGCUCUUUGGCGCACAUUGCAUCGAACAAAAAAUCCAAAGCUGCUAGAGACCAUCACAAAGCUUGGAGGCAAGCCCAGUUUCAAUAUCAUGAAGUGA